GGGGUCGAUCUAAGCUACCAAGGUAGGUCUCUGGACAGGUUUUGCGCAAGCUGUUGUGAUACAUUUUAUUGUCACGCCAGGCUUCCGCUUUAAAUCUAUUCCAUGACGUGCAACGGAUCGCGGCGCUGAAAUGGUAGGCAUCCAUUGGGCCAGCUAGAUCUGGAUCUCUUUCUGAUCUGGGAAUUCGUAAGUACUUUGGUAAUGACCUGCUUCCAGCAUUCGAACCGUUUUCACAAGGCUUUUCUCAAUACUACGUGGCCCUUGCUUCAGAAUCCUUUCUCUGUGGCUCUAUGGUUUCAAGCAUGUACAACACCUAUUAUGGUUGGAAGUGAACCUUUGGUGGCGUUGACAUACGUGAAGGCUAUGAGCUUUUGGCUAAUAUUUCAAAUUGGCUAUCAUUUAAUUCAAAGCGUUCGCAGGAUGCCGUGAGCCCUUGAUGUCUUUUAAUUUCCGACUCAAAACGGGAGGUAAUCAAACUUGGCAUCUUUAUAAUCAGGGCGUUCAAUACCUUUUUUGGAACGGCAGAACGCGGAUGCAAGUCCACAACUCAUUGGCAUAGGACACCGGGGCGACUGGACAUUCUCCACGUCG